CCAUAAGCCCGAGAGGAAGCUUCAUUGUCCCGCCUGUAGCCAUUCGGAACCAUACCUGUGCUCCAGCAGCUACGGAGGGAAGACAUCAUUAUGGGAAAGAAAUCUGGACGUGCCAGCGCCACCACCAAGAAAACAAAGAGCAAGUACAAGAAACCAGGCGUCGGCUCUCCGGAGUACGACGACCUGGAACUGCAGUUCGAUCUCCAUCAAGUAGAAGCAGGUCGUGCUGAGCGCCCUCACGCAGAAUUCGGUGACAUCCCUAACGACCAAUACGCACCUGGAGAGAAAAAGUCUACGAGUCACAUCGUCUCCACUUCCAUCAUGGCUGCGAUCAUGUGCGCUGUAGUCCUUUUUCUGACUCUCUACAGCUACUCCUCAAGACGGAGCCUUACUCCCGCCGAGCAGCUGCUGUGCUACGAUAUACAAUGCAGAAAGGCAGCUAACUACACCUACCGGAAUAUCAACCCGCUGUACGAACCAUGCAACAAUUUCUACGAGUACGUCUGCAGCCACUGGAUCAACAAGACAGGAUCUUUCCGUCAAGACACCAGGGACAACUUCUUAAGGAUGGUACACCGAGUAUUCAUGAGCGAGGAGUUUCAAAAGCCAAUGCCCGACGGAGAACACCUCCUCGCCAUUCUCUACAGAUCUUGUAUUGCCUUCAUGGACGAACCCAGGGGUUCCACUGCUAUCAUCGGCCGAACUCUCCAACAGUUCCAAUUCCUGAAGCGAGGAGACAAAGAUAAGGUGUCUAUAAUCCAGGACCUCAUCGACCUUUCCCUGUACGGGGGAAUAUCAACCAUCUUCUCCAUCGUCUUUAUGAGCGUAGAAAGUAAUGAACUAAUGCACAUUAAAGUUACCCCGCCUAUAUCGACCAGGGUUGAGCCGGUGUCCAGUCGCGUGUCCUAUAACGAAUACAUCAGGACUGUCCUCCAGAUAGCGCUCCAGACCGACGACGUCGCCAGCCAGCACAGGGACAUUAAUGAGGUCGAUGAGCAAGUCCAUCGAAGGGUGAAAGGGAAUCUCGAGACUGGCCUGUAUACCAUGAAGGACGUCGGCGACAUCAUACCCGGCGUCACUGCACACAUGUGGAUCAACGUAAUCAACAGGAAAAUCACCGACGACAUAGCGAGACACAAGCGGACAAUCAACAGUAAUGUUCUCAUAACUGGAAUGCAACAACUCCAGUCUGUGGCCAACUACACAAUGACUGUCCUUACGGACAUGCUUAUUUUCAAACUGUACUUCAUGGUUCGAGCUGCAGUGGAGAUCCUCAGGUAUGACUACUUCCGCCAGUACGAGAUGCAGCGGAGCGACGACAUCUUGGACAAGUGCGCUCAGGUUACCACAGAGCUCCUACCCUUCGUUUGGCCGCGCCUGAUGGAAAAGCGCUACAAUGCCACCAUCACUAAUGCCGUCCGGGACAUGUUUCAUAUUCUGAGGGGAAGGGUGCCGGACUACGUGCAGUGGAUGGAGCUACCGUCACGGCUCGCAGCAAUACAGAAGCUGAAGAAUGUGAAUAUCAUCAUCGUCAAUUACCCGAGCAUGGCAGCCGAUUUGGACUACGUCUCCCUUACCAUACCCGGGGAAUUCGUCCUGGGCUAUCGUAGGCUCGCCGAGAUUCACGCCAAGAUAACCAUGAAACAUCCCCGUACCGAGAAGUACCUGAGGCUCAGCAAGCUGGUGACAGAUGACCAGACGCAUUACAUCGACGAAGACGCGAUACUGUACGUGCCCGCAGCUGCUUUAAUAGCGCCUAUGUUCCACUUGGGUCUGAAAGAGAAAGCCUUCAACUACGGCUCGUUCCUAACCAUGAUGAGUGUGACCGUCGCUGCAGCCGUCACUGGAGAUGGAACGUUAUUGAGGCCUGAUGGAGCGAGAGAAUCUUGGUGGACCAAAGGAACGUGGGAGGCCUUCCGCAAGCACUCAGCUUGCAUGGUGAAACAAUACAACCGCGUAUCGCCAAAGCAUGCCAAUAACACCGAUGUGUUUCUUCAGCAGCUUUUCAUGUGGUCUCAUGGCAUCAAGGCAAGCUAUGACUUAUUCAGCGUGACACACCAACGAGCCAGCGAGCGCGAAGCAACAGUACGGGACCGGCUUUUCUUCCUGCGUACUUGCCUGCUGACAUGCAGUUCUAGCGGAGACGUCGACAAACUUUCGUCGAAGUAUCGAUGCAUUUUGCCCCUUAUGAACUUGCCACAAUUUAGGGAAGCAUUUUUGUGCAAACCCGGAACAGUAAUGAGCGCACGUGACGUGUGUGAUUUCGUGUAAGGCAUUUGACAUGUUCUUUCCUUAUGCCCAAUAGUCUACGAAAAGAAAUUGAAUUAUUGAAAAGAUCUGAAAAUAUAUAUGGUGCACCGUAAGGGAAACGAAACGAGAUAAUAAACUUUAUGAGUGACUCUGC